AUGGCACGUAUGACAGCGCCAUAUAGCCUCUUUUUUGCCGGAACUUCGAUUGCCUUGCUGAAAUUGGUUCAAAAGCUGGUAGAGAGGAACGGGGCAGAUGAGUGGCUGGAACCGAGCGAAUCAGAGUAUUCAACUUAUGUGAUAGAGGCUCCCAAGAUUGUACACGGGGAUCUCAGCGUGCCCGACACCCAAGAGCUGACUUGGGGCCAAGUGUUCGAGUUUCUUGCGAGGGAAGUAGAGCGGGUGGACCUUCGAAUAUGGUUCGCUGUGCUUUUAUUCUGCACGUUAGGACCGCUGGCGUGGAGUUUGUCGACAGGGAGAUCCCCGAGCGAGCAGCCUCCCCUGGCUCCCUCGACUUGCGUCUCUACUCAGACAGAGCCAGAGCCGGAGGUCGAACGCAAGGAUCCCGCGCCCAUGCGAUGUUACCACUAUGAACCAGGCGAGAGAGCGCUUUUACAAUUCGGCCGAUCGAAGUCCGAUUCGGUGUUGUUUAAUUAUGUGCCGUUGGAAUUCCACGAACCUGAGCUGGAUGAGUUUGAAGAAGUGGUUGGUCGCUGCACUCUACGUCAGGAAAGGGCGAAUGAAGUCACACCGAAGGAAGAGCCAACCGCGGUACCCUCCGUACGGCUCGCGCAGCUUGUAUCUGAAGCGCUCGCCGACAAUGGGACAGAAACAGAUGCCUCAAUGGUGGAAGACGACUCCGCUAACCGGACGACAUUGGGCGACACAUUGGGAUCCUUGCCCAAUUUGAGAGACAGCUCGCUGGAGAUAGCCGGACGGGCUCAAUCGCCCACCGCUUUGCAGAUACAGCUCUCGCCGAGGAAGACGAGCAUUGUGGACGUCCAAGUGAACCCAGAACAGGCCUAUUCCCAGCCGUUCAGCUACUAA